AUGAGUGCUCAGAACAUUUACGCAGAAGUUGGCAAGCGAUACUCUGCUGCUGCAGCAGGGGUCGAAGCCCAGUAUGCCUCUUCCGUUGCAAAAGCCUUUGGGUAUUCACUUGAGGAGCUAUCAGACAUUCCCCAGGAUGCCAACCUUGGCCUCUCUUGCGGUAACCCCCUUGCUACGGCCACUCUCCGCGAAGGAGAGACUGUCAUUGACCUUGGCAGCGGUGCUGGGUUUGACGUAUUCCUUGCCGCCAAUAAAGUUGGUCCAGAGGGCAAAGUGAUUGGCGUAGACAUGAACGAGGAAAUGCUUAGGAAAGCCGAGGAAUUGAAAGUUUCCUCCGGCAAGCAAAACGUCGAAUUCGUCAAGUCGCAAAUCACACGGAUUGCUCUCGAAGACAGCAUAGCAGACUGCAUCAUCUCCAACUGCGUCAUCAAUCUCGUGCCCGAAGAAGAGAAACAACUCGUCUUCCACGAAAUGUUUCGUCUGCUGAAGCCCGGCGGACGAGUUGCCAUCUCGGAUAUCCUAGCCAAGGGCCCGCUGCCUGAAGACCUUCGGAAGAGCAUGGCCUUGUAUGUUGGUUGCAUUGCUGGAGCGAGCCAAGUGGGCAUGUACCAGAAGUAUUUGAAGGAAGCUGGGUUUCACGGUAUUGUGAUACAGGACACGGGAAACGAUCUGAAUGUCUAUCGCAGUGCAGCUGUGGAUAACUCCGGCCAGGACCCUUCCGAUGGGACGCAAGACAAGUGCUGCUGUGCGAAAAGCUCGACACAAGACGGCUUUAUCAUGAAGGAUGUGGACUAUAAUGAAUGGACUGGUAAGUUACGCGAUUUGUCUUUUUGA